AAAUAAUAUACUUCAAUCGACUGCUUUCGAUAUAUCGACCACAUUCCUGUUAAAUUCAUGACGUCAUAAGCUCGUGUGUGUCGGAAAGAGAAGAAGAUUUCUGUAGUAAAUCAAUAAAAGGAAGUAGUCUGUAGUUUACACCAGUGUCAUGACAGGUUUGCUCAUACACUAACCAAUGAAACUGUUGCACGUUUGUGAUGUGAGUAUAGUUCCAGUAAUUGUGGAGACACCAACGAAGCCAGAUAACAACCACUGCGAAGUGAAUAAAGGAAAGGAAAAGUUUGUGUUGCUUGACAAGAGCAGUGGGGACAGAGGCAGAAGCCUGGCUCGGGCAACCAAUGUGAACUGGGCCACUCACCUGUUAGAGAAACUGGGGUGCGGUUCUGCCAUGCCCACAGCUACAGGCAGCAGUAGCUCGCACAGUGGUCAUACCAACAUCCCAAGCAAUGAAGAAUGUGGGAUUCGAGAUGUGUGGGGCCACAACUUGGAAGAAGAAUUCCGAACCAUUCGUCAGGUCGUUCAGAAGUACCACUAUGUUGCAAUGGAUACAGAGUUCCCUGGAGUGGUGGCUCGACCAAUUGGAGAAUUUCGCAGCACUGCGGACUAUCAGUACCAGCUGCUGCGCUGUAAUGUAGACCUUCUGAGGAUUAUUCAACUUGGUCUGACUUUUCUGGAUGAGAAUGGCAAGACACCAGGUGGAUCGUAUACAACGUGGCAGUUCAAUUUUAAAUUUAAUUUAUCGGAAGAUAUGUAUGCACAAGAUAGCAUCGAUCUGCUCCAGAAUUCUGGAAUUCAAUUCAAGAAACAUGAGGAAGAAGGAAUUGAUCCUUUGGACUUUGCUGAACUUCUCAUGACAUCAGGCAUUGUACUCAUGGACAACAUCAAGUGGUUGUCCUUUCACAGUGGUUAUGACUUUGGGUACCUCCUCAAAUUGCUAACAGACCAGAACCUCCCACAGGAAGAGAGUGAUUUCUUUGAGUUGCUGAGGAUAUACUUUCCAACUGUAUAUGAUGUUAAA